CUGAUGUCUCCUGACCACCUGCCAUCGUGUCCUGAUAUUCACAUGUUAAUAAAGCUUGAUUACAUUUAAAUUCAACACAGGACUUCAGACGAAAACUUUCAAACUUAAACUCAAAGUGAAAAACAAAAACCGUCACAAAAAAGAAACUGUCCAAACCUUUUUACACUGAGUGGAUGUAAAAUAAUAUUCAGAAAUAUAAAAUAUAUAUGUAUAAUGACCUGAGCCUUCUCCAAACAGCUGUUAUUAAACGGCAACAUCGAGAAAUUAUAUAAAAAUAGCCUAUAAAAGUAAAAAUGUUUAAAACAGUAACCACCUGUUUUAAGCUGCAGUGAGUUUUAAAUCUUUUUAUUUCGAAACAUUAAGCCUUUAUUUUGAAGGCUUGGCUUCCGGUCCGCGGUGACUCGGUGGACCUUGACUCAGUCCGGCUAUAAGCCGCUGGAAUCCAGCUGUGGGUCCAGAUGAGGACGACGGCAGGACCGGGAGGCUGACGGAUCACUGCCGCUGGCCGCACGCACCGCCUCCUCCUCCAGCUCCGACCCGCAGGACCAUCAUGCGGGACCCGCGCACCUGGACCCCCGCAUUCCGCCCUGCGGAGCGGGGCAAACCGGCCACCUACACCGGGGAGAAGAAGGCGCAGCUGGUGGCCAAAGCCAACAAGAAGUGGGUGAGACUGGCCACCGUGGUGGGCUACGUCCUGUCCGUGUCCGUGGGCGCCGUCAUCCUGGCGGUUUACUACAGCCUCAUCUGGAAACCCACAUCCGGACCCGCACUGACCCGGACCGGUAUCUCUGAAACUUGUAUAAACAACAGUUCUGUUAAAGUUCAGGUUUUUAAAGAAACCAGUUCUGAAACUCACAGAACCGGAUCAGCGGACAGUCAGACCGCUCCGGGUCGCCCGGUCCCCUCCUCCGGACCGGCCGAGCCCCCUCAGGCCGGAGAGGGCGUCACCUCCCCGGCCCUGACCACCGCCGGGCCCCCCGCUGUGACCGCGGAGGAUCCGUCCAACCUGCCGACCCACCGGGACCCGGCUGCUGGCGUCGGGGGGACGGAGACGGACCCCGCAGGGUCCGGGAUGGAGGAGCUCGGUGACGGUGCAGAGAUCUUUGUGAGGAGAAGUGACGGAUUGUUCCCACGAUAUUAGUGACUCUUUCAAAAUAAAACCCAGCUGUCAGCUUAUUAUUUCCUGUUGAAUGCAGUUUGGAUCAGUUCGUGUCUUUAUUAUUAUUAUUAAAUUAUUUAUUAUUGUCUGUUUCAUCUCUGUAGCUUCUUCAGUAUUCAUGUGUUCAUUUAGCUUUUCCAACACCAGGACUCCCCACAGGGAAAGUCUCCUGCAGUCUGAUCUCUGAUGUUCAUUAUUUUACAUGUUCUGCUCUCCUUUGUUGAAAUGUUUUCUUUUACUAUAUGUUUUUUAUUUCGCCAUACAUUUAAAUCCACACAGAAACCCAAAAUAAACAGAUUGGAAUAAAUCCAAAGAUGAACCCAUCAACCUUUAGACUUAAAGGACUCCGGCCCAGCAAGCUUUAUCUGGCGGCCAUCUUUGUUUGGGUCAAGAAGUCAGACAGAACAUCUGUUGUUCCAGCAGGACAGGAGCGUCUGAGGGUUUCAGGAGGUUUGUUCUCUGCCUAAUUUCUGUUUCUGCUGAAGUCUGAUGAUUUGAUGAAGCAGGCUGAGGGAUUCAGACUUCACCUUCUGUCUCAGAGGAAUCUGAUAAACUGUGUGAUGGACGCAGGAAGGAAGAGACUCGUUACCACAAUUAACUCCUGUUUACUUCACUUCCUGCUGCUAAACCCUCUCUGUGUCUGUAUGAACACACAAAACUCUGAUUGUUUUAUUUAACAUUAAAAACAUUUAAAAAAUGAUUUGCACCAAAGUCGUCAGGAGAAAGUGUGUGAAUAAUGAAUGAAAGUCUGGAGCACAUUGAAAGGUGAUGUCAUUUUGAGGGCCUCUGUGAUUUUCCAUGAAAGAUUAAAGUCUGCAAACACAGAAUAUUACAACCUGAUGUUUUUGCAUGUUUAAAAAAUGUUCCAGGUGAAAACCUUUCUGGAUCUGUGAGGACCGUGUCUGAAGUUUACUUUAGAGGAAGAAGAUGGAACCGCAGUUUGACCUCUGCAGAACGAGACGCUCACCUCAGUCAGAGAAACAGGAAGUAACCACAGACCUUAAACCUUUAUUUCCUGCUCAGCUCUUCAAAACAAACUGGGGAUCAAUUCAUCUUUAAUAUUUUGUCAUGAAACAUCUUAAAGUCCCACUGAAGUGGAAAUUACUUUUCACAGUUUUGAUAUUAAAA